AGAGAGCAGCAAAAUGAGUGUGUGGAGAGUUGUGGUUGUGGCCCUGGUUUUAUUCUUCGAGGCUCAAGUUGUGUCAGCGCAGUUAGACGUUUGUGUGCAAGCUCCCCUCAACCGCAUAGGGGGUGGACAGGAUGCUCGGGUGGGAGCAUGGCCAUGGCAGGUCAGCCUACACCGCGGUGACCACUCCUGUGGGGGGUCUCUCAUCACCAAGGACUGGGUGAUUACUUCUGCACACUGCUUUCUCAGGUGAGCUUUCUAGUGUGUGAGUUUAAGGAUGAGGAACACAAACUGAAAUGCUAAUUAUGUACCAGCUGAACUAGCUAGUGGAUAC